CUUUGCGCCCCGCCAUUUCGCCAUCUCUCCUGUCCAUAUAAAAACCCAAAUCGAACUCGUUUUGCUUUUGAAUUGCUCUUGUUGAAAAGUUCUUCCCUCGCGGAAUUCCUCUUAAAUCUCGAUCCACAAAUUUCCAGAUGCCGCCGGUGAAUUUAACGGCGAACGCCGUCCAGGCUAUCAUCGCCGGUGACCUAAACUCGAAGCCGCUGGUCCAGGUGCUGGAUAUCAAGCUCAUAGGCACCAAGCAGGAGCGUUACCGCCUCUUACUCUCCGACUCGGUCUCCACUCAGCAAGCGAUGCUCGCUACUCAGCUCAAUGAUCGAGUCAACACGGGGCGCAUCCGCAAGGGUUCCGUCGUCCAGCUGAUAGAGUACAUUUGCAGCACCGUUCAAAAUCGCAAGAUUAUUGUUAUAAUCAAUCUUGAAACUAUCAUACCAGACUGUGAAGUUAUUGGGAAUCCGAAUGUACUUGUUGAAACUGAUUCAGUAGUGCAGAAACCAAGAACAAAUUCUGAGCCUGUAACGUUCAAUAGAAACACCAACGUGCCUUCUCAAAGUUAUGGGCAAACGAGCUUGAAAAUAAACAGCAACAAUUUGAGCUCACAAAGUGUUCGCAAUAAUUUCCAGACGAACCGCCCAACUAUUCAACCGGCAUACCAACCACCUCCAAACUAUAAAUCACAUGGGGCAGUCAUGAUGAAUGAGGCACCAGCACGCAUAAUCCCAAUCGCUGCUCUAAAUCCAUAUUUGGGUCGAUGGGCUAUUAAGGCUAGAGUCACUGCAAAAGGCGAUAUUCGCCGCUACAACAAUGCUAAGGGAGAUGGAAAAGUCUUCUCGUUUGAUCUCCUUGAUUCUGAUGGUGGAGAAAUACGUGCAACCUGCUUCAACGCCGUUCUUGAUCGGUUUUACGAGAAAAUUGAAGUCGGAAAAGUUUACAUGGUAUCAAAAGGAAGCUUAAAACCCGCACAGAAGAACUUCAACCAUCUCAAGAACGAGUGGGAGAUAUUGUUGGAAGCGUCCUCUACAGUUGACCUAUGUCCAGAAGAGGACCCUUCCAUUCCCAAACAACAGUUCUCUUUUAGACCUAUUAGUGAAAUUGAGAAUUCUGAAAAUAAUUCUAUACUAGACGUGAUUGGCAUCGUGAUAUGUGUUAACCCUUCAGUUCCCAUCCUUCGCAAGAAUGGCAUGGAGACUCAAAGGAGAGUCCUUAACCUAAAGGAUCAAUCUGGGCGGAGUGUGGACUUAACAAUGUGGGGAGAAUUCUGUAACAGGGAAGGUCAACAACUGCAGGAAAUGUUAGACACUGGUUUCUUUCCUGUUUUAGCAGUUAAAGCAGGAAAAGUCAACGAUUUCAAUGGUAAGUCGGUAGGAACCAUCUCUGCAACUCAACUCUUCAUAAACCCUGAUUUUCCAGAAGCUCUUAGCCUAAGGGAAUGGUUUGACCAAGGAGGAAAAGAAACUGCCCCACAUUCCAUAUCUAGAGAUAUUAUUCCUUCGGGUUCUAAGAACGAGGUACGUAAAAUCAUCUACCAAAUAAAGAACGAAGGCCUGGGAAGGUCAAAUAAGCCAGACUGGGUUACCAUUAAGGCAACAUUGUCUUUCAUCAAGACUGACAACUUCUGUUAUACUGCAUGCCCUUUGAUGAUCGGAGAUAGACAGUGUAACAAGAAGGUAACCAAGUCUGGGGAUUCAAAAUGGGUCUGUGAGAGAUGCAAUCAAGAAUUCGAGGAGUGUGACUAUAGGUACCUUCUUCAAGUUCAAAUCCAGGACCAUUCUGGGUUAACAUGGGUGACCGCCUUCCAGGAAGCAGGGGAAGAGAUAUUGGGUUGCCCAGCUAAGGAUCUAUACAUGUUGAAGUUUGAAGAUGAAGACAAUUCUAAAUUCUCUGGAAUAAUUAAGAAAUGCCUCUUCACUCAGUUUCUAUUUAAGCUUAAAAUCAAAGAGGAAAUAUAUGGUGAUGAGCAGAGGGUGAAGACCACAGUUGUCAAGGCAGACAAAGUUGAUCCUUCUCUGGAGAGUAGGUACCUAAUGGGUUUAGUGUAAUUCUUUUUGUCCCAUCUUCGUUGAACAAUUGGAAGGUACAUAUGAGUCCUCUUGAGGGAAACAUUUACCACUGAGUAUUAUUUGCUCAAAGCAAUUGUAAGGUGUGUUAUGAAGAACACCCACACAUAUAUAUAUAUAUAUAGAGUGCUCUUCAUGUCAGGCC